AUGACUGAACGCACCAAUGAAGAAUCUUUUAUUGAAUUAUACACAGAUGCUUUAUCUGAUUGUCCAAGUGAUUGUGAAUCAAAUUCUGGUAACUUCGAAAAUGAUACUGUAUCAGAAGAUAGUGAAUCUGAUAUUAUGGCUCCAAAAUCUCGAAAACGAAAUAUAAUAGUAUCAGAUAGCGACGACGAAUUGGAGGAAGAAUGGAACGAACACGAUAUCACACCAAACUUACCGAAUUAUUUAAAUAUUCCUGGUGCAACCAUUGAUCUUGGUGACGCACCAACUAUCAGUGAAGUAACGGAUUUAUUUUUUGACAAGACAUUUUUCGAUUUAGUCGUUACGCAGACCAAUUUGUACCAUUCUCAAAUAAAAGCCUUACAUAAAAUCUCUGCAAAAACGGUAUCAUGGACAGAAGUGACCACCAAUGAAAUAAAGAAGUUUCUUGGAUUGCUGAUAUUGAUGGGUCAAACCAGAAAAUCUUGUUAG